AUGGUUUCUGAAAGUAUUGGCAAAAGCGAUAUCGAAAUCGUUGACCAAUCUUCUCAUAUCGAGAGUCUUCCCAAACCAUCUCAUGUAACUGAGAUUGGAACAUUUCGUGUUGUCGGAUUGACUCCCGACGAUGCAGACUUCUAUACUAAUUUCCCCAAGGAGAAGCGAAAACGUGUCUUUCGCAAGGUUGAUGUUCGUUUGGUCCCCAUGCUGGCAGUGCUAUACUUGAUCAGUCACAUUGAUCGUGCCAAUAUCGGCAAUGCAAAAAUCGAAGGCAUGGUCCAAGACCUCAAUAUGACGGGUAUACAAUACAACACUGUUCUAUCCAUCUUCUUCAUUCCCUACGUGCUGCUUGAAGUUCCCAGCAAUAUCCUUUUGAAGAAAUUCAAACGUCCAUCGGUAUACCUUGGCAUUCUCGUGUUUAGCUGGGGCAUCGUGAUGACCUGCACCGGUCUAGUGCAAAACUUCGGUGGUCUUAUGACUACAAGGGUACUGCUUGGUAUUUUUGAAGCUGGAUUUUUCCCUGGUGCUAUUUAUCUUUGCUCCUAUUGGUACAUGCCCAGAGAGCUGGCUCUUCGGAUCUCAUACUUCUACUGUGCCAGUGCGCUCUCCGGCGCAUUUUCUGGUCUUCUUGCGGCUGGUAUCGCUAAGAUGGACGGGAUCGGUGGUCUUGAGGGAUGGCGAUGGAUUUUCAUUCUCGAAGGAAUUGCCAGUGUGAUACUAGGCGUCGCAUGUUUCUUCUUGCUCAUUGAUACGCCCGCUUUAUCGGCACACUGGCUAUCUCCAGAAGAAAUUCGCUAUCUGGAACUCUCGAUGUUCAUCAAACAAGGCGGAAUUAGUACGGAGGAGACGGGCUUCAAGUGGAGAGAUCUCAGAAUAGUCCUCUCAAAUUGGCGGAUCUACAUCCAGGCUUACUUUUUGUUCUGCCAGUCAGCGUUGUCUUAUGGUACCAAGUUCACUCUACCAACAAUCACCAAAGCCAUGGGCUUCAGCGAUACUAACGCCCAGCUUACCUCCGCUCCUCCAUACGUUGCUGCCGCGAUAUCAGCUAUUUUUUUCGCGAAACUCUCGGAUCACUUCUACUGGCGAAUGCCAUUUGUGGCCAUUCCUAUGAUUAUUGUCACUGUCGCCUAUGCUAUCAUUUUCUCACUGAAUGGAGACCUCGAAGCCAAACGAGGCGUAGCCUAUUUCGCUGUUGUAUUUGCAGUAGUAGGUAUAUACCCAAUCCAGGCAGCUGCGGCUUCCUGGAAUGCUAACAACAUUGCACCUUCUUCGCGAAGAGCGAUUGCCAUCGCCCUGAUGAACUGCGUGGGCAACAUAGGUGGUAUUCUAGGAAGCUUCAUGUAUCUUGCGAGUGAGGAACCAAGAUACCCCACAGGCUUUGGUCUUAGUAUGGCACUCGGAGCAUUUGGGUUGUUUGUUGCCUUCUUUCUUGAAUGGACUUACAAGGCUGGAAAUGCUAGGAAGGCCCGAAUUGCGGACGAAGCAAGAGUGAACUAUACUGAGGACCAGCUGUUUGACUUGGGAGAUAAGUCUCCGCUUUUCAAAUAUGUCUUGUAA